UCAAGAAAUUUCAUAAUCAAGCAAGUCAAUUAAGGGAAAAGGACCAAAAGAUUAUUGAAAAUUCUGGAAGGGUGAUUAAUAAUUUAAAAAACGUUAUUAAAUUUAUAAAUAGAAGAUCUGAUUUUUUUUUGGUAUUAUUAUAGAUUGUUAGAUUAGAAGAAGAAUCAACAAAAGCUGAAUUGCUCCAGUCUGAAAUAGAUGCAGGUCUGGAUAGUAUCGCGAGACGCCAGGAUGAUCUUGAAAAGAUGUUGUCAGAGUAUGAAGUGAAAUUUUCAGAACCAGUACUGGAUAGUACGAAACCUUUAGACAAAGAGAGGGAGAAGAAUUAUGAUAUGGCCGAAGAAAUCAACCAAGAAUUAGGUGAAAUGAGUCAAGUUUUGUCCACCAUUAUUACUGAUGUAAAUCGAAAUAUAAUAAAACCUUAUGUUAUUGAUGAAUCAAAUGGAAAUCAAGAUAAAGAAGACAUAGAGGAGGACCCGAUGGAUGAAGUUGUCAAGAUUCUUAAUUCGCAUUUAACAUCACUGCAAUGGAUAGAUUCACAGGCCAAUCAACUUACUCAAGGCGUUCAAAAUGCAAAACAGCUACUAAUUCAAGCUGAAAAUGAGCUAAAUGCUCAACAACAACAACAACAACAACAACAACAACAGCAACAACAAAAUGGUACUAACAAUCCCGUAUAAAAUGUUAGAUAUAACGAGGAAUUGUGGCUCGUACAUUUCUAUCAGCAUGACAAACAUUGAAA